GUGUAAACAAAUUUGAUUGUGGCAAUUACCAUUAUCAGGCGUGAAAUACAUAGAACGACUUUACGUUUAAUUUCUACUGAUUUGAGAUUCAGCCUUGACGUCAGGAAGUUGCCAUGAAGGCAACCGCCGCCAUCAGCAACAGCAGCGCCAGCAGCAGCACCGCCAGCAGCAGCCAUCACUUGGAGCCACUGGCGGGCAGCAGCAGCAUCAGCAUCAGCUGCAACAAGACGCGCCUGCCCAAAGUCUCCUUUGCCCCGCUGGACAACGUCACGCCCACUGUUGCCACGUGAUACGCAAACAUGCCGCACCACAACAUCGUCUGCGAGUGGCUGCGCACCAUUGGACUGCCUCAGUAUGGCGAAAGUUUUCUGGAAAACGGCUACGAUGAGCUGGAGAUAUGCAAGCAGAUUGGUGAAAUCGAUCUGGACGCCAUUGGUGUCGAGAAUCCGUCGCAUCGCGGCAAGCUGCUCAAGAGCGUGCGCACGCUGCGUGAGAAGGGCGCUGCCAUUGUCUAUGUGCUUAUUAACGAUCCCAAAGCGUUGAGCAACAGCAACGAGAUACUUGCCUCCGAUUGCGAUUCACCCGUGACCAUGAAAGAGCUGGAGGCCGUCAUGAAGCGACAUCUGGAGGCGGACGGCAUUCGGCUAACAGCGCAUCCGUAUUCCACGCCGGAGGGCAAGCGUGGUUAUUUGGAAGGUCUGUCUGCUCACUACAGCAAGCAGAUCAAUAUGCCAUAUGAGGAUGUGCUCGAUGCCAUCGAGCAGGUGCGUCUAUCCAAGUGGAAAGAGCGACAUGUGCGCAUCUCGACGGGACACACACUAACGCGUCGCAGCAACAGCAAUGCCACAAGCACUGGCAGUGGCAGCGGCAGCGGCAGCAGCGCCAGCGGUGGCCUGAUUGGCUCCUCUGUGCUGCCCACCAGUCACAGUCAGCCGCUAUAUGUGCCCGGCAAGUAUUUGCCAUCAAGCUGCCUCUCGAAUCGCGAGGAGAACGAGAUUUACAGCUAUACACAAAAUGAUUUGGCCAAUCGCAUGGCACGCAACGCCAUCGACUCCAAGUCGGCGCUCAAUCUGCACGGCAUGCAGCACAGUUAUCCUGGCGCGCGCAACAAUUUCUUUUACGAUUUUUCGGCAACAGAGGGACGUAACAAGCACAAACAGCGACGCACCGUCUUCGCCCGCUUCCUGCACGGUCUGCGCCAAAGCGGCGACGAACUGAAUGCAACCGAGGGCAUGCAAUUGAAGACCAACGAGCGCUUGAAGAGCUGCGGCACCAUGAAGCGACCCGAACCGCCACAGGACUUUGAGAAGACCAUACAGCGACUGAAAACGCAGAAGGCAGCGCAGAAGAAGCCGGCGAGCGCUCCCCUGGACAUGGCACUGCAUGAACGCAACAAGGAGGUGGCGCACAGUCUGGCCAACGACAUGCCGUUGAAUAAUUAUACGAAGCAUCCCUAGGAUACGGUUAUCAGCAUUGAUGCUGCAUAAGAUUUACACAUUUAGCCUUAAGCUCUCUAGCCUUAAACAGUUGGCAUCAGGUGAUGGUGGUACACACGUUAAGCAAGCAAUACGAAUUUAGUUAAGUCGGUGUAACGGUGAUAUUGAUUAGUCUAAGUUAAGUACAUCUAUCUAUGGAGUGUAUGAAAAGCAAUAAUUGUAAUUAGUAUAUACCAUAAGUCCGAAAUGUAAACUCCCAACCCCAACCCCAACCCGAACCACAGCCGCAGCAAUUACUUAACAACUUAGCGUGAAUUAUUUACACUUACUUUAGCAUGCAAAUAGACAAAAAGCUAGCUAUACAUACAUCUAUAUAUAUAUAUAAAUCUAUAUAUUUCAUACUGAUUUUAGAGCCAUUAGCAAGCAUUGAAAUUAAUCACAAAACUUUCGCAACCAGCAAAUCAAACCAAACUAUGCGCUGCAUUCAAUAAACCAGCCUUCAAUUAUUUAAACGCGGCAAGUGCAGCUAGUCGGAGUAUGUUGACAAAACGCAAAAUUCCAACAAGCUUAGCGCUAAAGCAAACACACACACACACACAUACAUACGCGUUGCACGCAUGCAUGCACACACUAUGCAAAAUGGCGCGCUGGCAAACUUGGCCCAAACCGCAGACACUGCACACAUACUACAGACAAAA